AUGAAUCACUUGCCUGAUCUACUACCGCGUGUGAGGACCAUUGCUUCAGACCAUGUAGUCUCAAUCGCUGUUGUUACGGUCGCAUUGUUCGUUGUGUACAAACUACUCACUCGUACCGAUAUCUCCUAUAUCCAAGGCAUACCUGAGAUUCCGGGCGCUCUCCCCAUCACAGGUCACUUGACUCAACUGGGGGAUGAUCAUGCAACUGUGUGCGAGAAAUGGUGGCGCCAAUACGGCUUCUCAGUAUUCCAGAUCCGGCUCGGAAACACGCGCGCCGUGGUGGUUAAUUCCUUCGAAGACUGCAAGAAGAUCCUCAUGUCAAACCCCCAGGGGCUGAUCGAUCGGCCGAAGCUGUAUACUUUCCACGGCCUCAUCUCCUCGACUCAGGGCUUCACGAUUGGCAGUUCCCCGUGGGAUGAAAGUUGUCGCAACAAGCGGAAAGCAGCGUCGACAACGCUUAGCAAAAGCAUGAUGAAGAAUUACGCCAACAUGUUUGACCUCGAGUCCUACUGUAUCGCACGAGAUCUGCAGAGAGAUAGUAAGAGCGGAGAGGUGGAAGUCAGUAUCAGACCGUAUAUCCAGCGCUACGCACUGAACACGACACUCACGCUCUGCUAUGGCAUCCGCAUGGACGCCGUCUACGACGAUUUGCUCCGCGAGAUACUCGAAGUCGGCUCUGCAAUUUCGCUGCUGCGAUCCGCAUCAGAGAACUAUCAAGACUACGUCCCUGCUCUGCGCUAUUUGCCGAACAACGAGAAGAACAAGCGUUCGAAAGAGCUGAGGGAGAGACGCGACAAGUAUCUCAACUUGCUACUGGAUAAAGUGCGAGACAUGAUUAAGCAGGGAACUGAAAAGCCGUGCAUCAGCGCCGCUAUCCUGAAAGACGAGGAAACGCGACUCACAGGCGUCGAAGUCAGCUCUAUAUGUCUGUCUCUUGUAUCUGGUGGGUUCGAAACCAUACCGGGUACACUGGUAUCUUGCAUUGGAUCCUUGUGUACAAGCGAGGGCCAGGUAUUCCAAGACCGCGCGUACCAGGAAAUCCGGAAGAUUUAUCCGCAAGACGAAGACUUGAAAAAGGCGUGGGCGAGUGACUUUGGGGAGGAGAGUAUUCCGUAUUUGAGUGCGAUAGUGAAGGAGGCGGGGAGGUACUACACGGUCAGCAAUAUGAGUCUGCCGCGGAAAACUAUGAGUGAUAUGCGCUGGGGUGAGGCAGUGAUACCGAAAGGUACAAUGGUGUUGAUUAAUGCCCAGGCUGGGAAUCAUGACACUGAUUACUGGGGCCCUGACGCUGCAACCUUCAAUCCUGAGCGAUGGCUUACACCACCCAUCGACUCGGCAUCCCUUUAUACGGCAAAUCCUGUUUCCAAUCCAGCACAUCUGUCGUUUGGGGCGGGCUCUCGUUCUUGCCCUGGAGCCCUCAUCGCUAGCAAGCUCAUUUACGCGGCACUCUUCCGUUUGCUCAGUCUGUACAGGAUCGAAGCUAGUGCAACGCAUCCGCCGAAUACGGAUUAUGUCGACUACAACGCGAUCAAAAGCGCGUUGGUGGCAAUACCCCGCGACUUUUCAGUGAAACUGAGUCCCAGGUGCGGGGCGGGUGUGUUGGAGACCGUGCUGAAGGAGGGUGAAAGGAGGACUGAGGGAUUUUACAAGGUGUGA